UUCUUUUCGGAUUUGUUAAAGUACUGAUCAUAGCUACACAGUUUCCUUGUGAAAUCUUUGCCGCAAAGAUGGCCUCGCCUAACUGCGGUUACUCCAAAAGAGCCUUUGUUACAUUUCUUGCUGGAUCAGGAGAUUACAUUAAAGGUGUAAUCGGCCUUGCCAAAGGACUGAGGAAGGUCAAGAGUUUGUAUCCUCUGGUCGUGGCGGUCUUACCAGAUGUUCCACACGACCACAGGUUACAAUUGCGUAACCAGGGUUGUAUCGUUCGAGAGAUCGAGCCCAUUAAUCCUCCUGAGAAUCAAGUCCAGUUCGCCAUGGCCUAUUAUGUUCUCAAUUACUCCAAAUUGCGCAUCUGGGAGUUUGAGGAAUUCAGCAAAAUGCUGUAUCUGGAUGCCGACAUUCAAGUCUUCGACAACAUCGAUAAUCUAUUCGACAUGCCAGAUGGGUAUUUUUAUGCUGUCAUGGACUGUUUCUGUGAGAAGACAUGGAGUCAUACUCCUCAAUAUAAGAUUGGAUACUGCCAGCAGUGCCCCGACAAGGUGACGUGGCCUGCUCAGUUGGAGCAAGAGCGCCCUGCUCUGUAUUUCAAUGCCGGAAUGUUUGUGUUUGAACCCAGUAAAUUAACCCUGGAGAAAAUGCUGGAAUCUCUCAUGUCUACCCCUCCAACGCCCUUUGCAGAGCAGGAUUUCUUGAACAUGUAUUUUCAAAAGCAGUACAAACCAAUCCCUUUGACGUACAAUCUGGUGCUGGCUAUGUUAUGGCGGCAUCCGGAGAAUGUCGACAUUGAGAGUGUUAAAGUCGUGCAUUAUUGUGCUGCGGGUUCGAAACCGUGGAGGUUCACCGGCAAGGAGGAAAACAUGGAGAGGGAAGAUAUCAAGACAUUGGUGGACAAAUGGUGGGAAAUCUUCAAUGACGAAUCGCUUGAGUUGAGAUCAAAUGACAGAAAUGCAGAGGGAAAGAGGAGAUAUGAAGCAGAACAGGACACUCCUCAGGCUUUGCGUGGUGAAAUGCCUAAGCGAGCACACAUAUUGCCUGCUCCACCAGCAGCCUGAGAAAAAAUAUCUCAUUCUGCCAUGACAGACAGACAUUAUAUAACAAUAUGUGAAUUAUAAUAGAUAGUGAUGAACUUGUAAAUAGAAAGACAAGUAGCAGACUCUGUUUUACUCAGUCAGAGGAAAAACAAAUUGUUUUGAUUUUUUGGGGGAAAGGAUGCGCACAGCCGCCUAUGCUUUCUUUCCUCGAUAAAAAUUCACCAUAUUUAACUGUACAAUUUCAUAAAUAUUGCAUUGAUCUUUUGCCCAUUCAAUCGGAUGUCAAUUGAAUUCGGAGAUUGUUCUGUAAGUUCACCAUGAUUGCCAUAUGAGCUCGGCAAAUUCACUUUUGUAAAUUCAAAUAUAAUUUAUCCGAUCGAUGCUUUGUUUAUUUUUA